CUUUUAACUCUUCAAAACAGAAAAGAAAUUGAACAAGAAGAGCAAAACACAAAACAUUAGUGUAGUGAGAAGAUGAUCAACGGCGUUAAGAAUCCGCCAGAUGUCGGAAUUCAGAUAACGGAGAUGAAGCUGGGGACUGAGACUGUGACGGUGAGCCAGAGCGCUCCACGUGUUAACGGGAAAGCUGAAGUGAUACAAGUAGUCCUACGAGUAUUGUGUGUUAUGACUUCAGUCACAGCGCUAUCGCUUAUGGUGACUGCCGAACAAGCUUCUACCAUCACUGUCUUUGGCUUUAAUAUCCCCUUGCACUCCAAGUGGUCAUUCUCUCACUCGUUCGAGUACCUAGCUGGCGUCUCGUCUGCUGUUGCACUUCAUUUAUUACUUCAGCUACUUAUUAGUGGAUCAAGAAUGCUGCAUGGAUUGUCUAUUAUUUCUUCUCGAUAUCACGGAUGGCUUGUUUUUGCUGCUGAUCAGUUAUUUGCAUUGGCACUGAUGAGCGCUGGAUCAUCCGCAUCAAGUGUUUCCAGUCUGAAUCACACAGGGAUUCGACAUACUGCUCUGCCAAAUUUUUGCAAACCCCUGCAUCGUUUUUGUGACCGUGUUGCCACUUCAAUAGCCUUCACUUUUCUCAGCUGCUUUCUGCUUGCCAUUUUAGUGGUUCUUGAUGUACUUUGGCUGUCUAAGCACUAGACAAUAUUAUUGGUUCUCUUAAUUUUAAUGCAAAUUGAUUAUGUCGUGAACAUUGCAAUGACCAUUGGUAGCUUGAUCAAAAUGUAAAUGUGGUCCAACCAGUUCUAACUAGAUGCUCACGGCAGCGCAACCGUUCCGAACAUGAAAUUAGCUUUUGAAAAUAUGUACUAGUAAUG